AUGCUGCGCUUGUAUCUGCAGGCCCGACCGCGCGCAACGAGCGCCAUCCAGAAAGCAGCGGGAUUCGGGGGCGCCAGCUACAUAGGGCUGAGUCUGAGCAGCGCGCCGAUCCGCAUCGAGGGCAGCAAGAGCAACGCGACCAUGGCUGCACAAGAGGGACACGACGCCGCGAACGAGGGCGGCGGCGGCGGCGGCGGCGGACAGAAGGCGAUGCUGGCGAGCCAGCGGGCCAAGGAGCAGCAGCCGCAGCAGCAGCAGGGCCAGGAGGCGGGGAAGAUUUCUCGCUGGUUCCCCUUGACCGCAUCUGAGGGAUUUUCCCAGUGGUGGGCAGGCCAGAGCCCCAUGGCGACCGAACACCGCGUGCUAUCCUUCAUCCCACACCUCCAGAAACCGCCCACGCACACCGACACAGGCGCCGCCGCCACAGACCCCGCCGCGCCGCCCAAGAGCCCCGAAGCGCACACCACGACGGACAGCGCCACCGAUCCCCAUGGCCCGCGCCGCUGGAACUCGCAGAUGGUCGAGCUGAGUGGCAAGGGGCGCGCCCUCAACGAGUUCUCCGUCGAGCGCCUGGGCGAAGACGUCGACGAGAACCUCGUCAUGCUGCAUGGCUACGGAGCAGGCCUUGGGUUCUUUUACCGCAACUUCGAGUCCCUCUCGCGCGCCGAGGGCUGGAAGGUGUAUGCUCUCGACCUGCUGGGCAUGGGACGCAGCAGCAGGCCCAACUUCAAAAUCCACGCCAAGGACAAGCAGGCCAAGAUCGACGAGUCCGAGUCGUGGUUCAUCGACGCGCUCGAGGAGUGGCGUGUGAAGCGCGGCAUCGACAAGUUCACGCUGCUUGGACACAGCCUGGGCGGCUAUCUCGCCGUUGCCUAUGCCCUCAAGUACCCGGGACACCUCAACAAGCUCAUACUCGCGAGCCCCGUCGGCAUACCCGAGGACCCGACGCCUCCCAAGUCCACAACGGCGUCAAGCCCUCCCACCGCUGACAACAACAACUUUAUGAACCAGCGCAAGAAGAACGAGAAUGCUCCCGCCAAAAGACCCGCCCCGCCGACGCCUACCCAGCUGGCUAUACUACCUCUGGGAAGCAAACAUGGUCUCGCCCUUUACAUUUUUACGCUCUCUUUCGCCAGCGCGAGAUCCUCCGAAUACGCAUUGGCAUACCUGCUCGCCCCCGGCGCUUUUGCCCGCAGUCCAUUGAUCCGUCGCAUCCAGGGCGUGGGAAGGCAACACAUCCAGUCACCCUCUCCAACCACUGCUGACACUUCGCAAUCUGGCCCAAAGGAAAACGGUAUUCCCAUCGUCUUCAUGUAUGGUGAAAAUGACUGGAUGGACGUUGCAGGCGGCUAUGCAGCUCAAGAGAAGAUCAAGCAAGAGCGCGCCCUUCUGUCGCCAGAAGAGAAGAAGAAGGACCAGGGUGAUGCCAAGGUCAUCAUCAUAAACAAAGCUGGACAUCACGUCUAUCUGGACGGCUGGGAGCAGUUCAAUAAAGUCAUGUUGGAGGAGAUGGAUGACGUAAAGAGGCGGAAAUCAACAUAG